AUGUUGUUCUUAUAUACAUAUGUUUAUGUCUUUUUAUGUACAAAUAAUGAUGUUUACAAUGAAACAUCUGUUAUGCUAUCAAAAACGUCAGCGCAUUGUUUUAUAGCUGAAGAAGUUACAACGGAUAACGGUCUGAUUUGCGGCCUGGCAAUGCUUGGUAAAACUAAAUAUCAAUUUUACGAAUUAUUUACUGUAUAUAGUAUUCAGUCCCUCACUCAACUGGCGUCAAGAGUGAAGAAGGGCGGCCUCAUUAUGGCUCGCCUUAUUCUGUUCACCCUCUGCGCUCUUCCCGUAUUAUUUCAUUUUAUUUUGUUUAUGCUUCAAUAUCUUGUAUUUGUUUACAUUGAAAAAUGA